UUUUAAUCUGGUUUAGAAUUUAAAUAAAAUAAUAUUAAACAGUACUGUCAAACAAACUGUACACAAAAGGUUUUGUGACCGUGAAAUCACGUGAUGCCCAACAGUACAAUACGUUAUUUUUAACGAUUCAAAGACACAUUUUAGGCUAAAUCACGAGUAUUAUGUCAAUGUUACAUUUUUUGUUGUGGGGUAAACAAGAACAUGACUGAUUUCUUGAACACAUUUAUGGCUAUACUCAAUUAUUUCUUCAUUUAUAUGAUUAUUUUUGGCUCGUGUUUAUCGAUCUUUUUAACGAGGAUUUAUUUCUAAUAAAUAGAAUCAGAAAAACAGAAGCUUAUUUUCGGUAAUAUAGCUACAUUUUGGAGUCUCUACGCAUACAAGUACUUGUUAAAUUACAAAAAAAUGUAAUAAAUACAAAGUGUUCAAACCUUAAGCCGUCCUUUUGUUUAUGUCUGUACAGCAAGCGUCCACUAGAGGGUGCUAAAGUGCAAUAAUAUGUCUGUACGGCUAGUGUCCACUAGAGGGUGCCAAAGCGCUACAAUUAGAAAAUUUAAUUCCAUGCAUCACCAAAUUUAGCAGUUACUUUUACUCUAACAUAAAAAUGUUUUAUGGAACUUUUUUACUUAAUAGAAAUAGUUUGUCCUCAUAAUCUAGGAUUCUAGACGUAUUUAAGCAUUUAAAGUAACGACGAUUUGAUCCACAACCCCUCAACCCCAGAACUGUGCGCUCUCCCCGCCCACUGCGCGUAAAGAUGACCAUGUGAGCUGUGUACGGGGGAGCAGGGGGUGGUAGGGCCAUCUGACUCCGGUUGGCUCAGUUUUUGGACUGAUGAGCUUUUUCCUGCUGGUUUUCACUCGCACAGCCCACAUCGCAGCUCUCCGUCCAGCUGCGUGCUCGCAGCGAGCCCUCAUCAGGAUGGGUCCCUCUCCCCAGACGCACGGGGCGUUGUGGGUGUGCGCGUUGUUCUUUGCGGGAAUUACAGCAAUUUGCGGUUCUAAUGUGUGCACAUCUAGAGGAGCAAGCACAUGCAAGCAAUGCCUGGCCGUGCACCCCAGCUGUGCGUGGUGCUUCCAAGAGGACUUUGGUCACGGAGCGGCCGGCUCGUCUCGUUGCGACCUGAAGAAGAACCUGCUAGCAGCCGGUUGUUCUCCAUCAGCUCUGGAAUCUCCAACCAGCAGACUUACAGUGAUCGAAGAUCGGCCUCUGAGCAACAAGGCAGCAGGUGCAACACAAGACAUUACCCAGAUAAAACCCCAGAAGCUGCACAUCACCCUCAGGCCAGAUGAUGCUAAGCGCUUUACCGUGAAGGUCCGUCAGGUGGAAGAUUAUCCGGUGGACCUCUACUACCUGAUGGAUCUCUCCUUCUCCAUGAACGAUGACCUCUUCCGCCUGAGGACGCUCGGUAACGGCCUGGCAACGGCGAUGAGCCGCACUACCAGCAACCUGCGGAUGGGCUUUGGUGCAUUUGUGGACAAGCCUUUGUCGCCCUACAUGUACAUCUCACCUGAGGAGGCGGUGAAAAACCCUUGCUACAGCAUUAAUACCACCUGUCUGCCCCAGUUUGGCUACAAACACGUUUUAUCGCUGACGGAGGAAGUGGGGCGCUUCACAGAGGAAGUCAAGAAGCAAAUGGUUUCCAGGAACAGAGAUGCUCCUGAGGGAGGCUUUGAUGCUAUCAUCCAGGCUGCUGUGUGCAAGGACCAGAUUGGCUGGCGUCCAGGUGCAUCCCACCUUCUCAUCUUUACCUCAGACGCCAAAACUCACAUGGCUCUGGACGGCCGCCUUGCUGGGAUUGUGCACCCCAAUGACGGACAGUGCCAUCUUAACUCUGAAAAUAUUUACAGUAAAUCUACCACCAUGGACUACCCAUCUCUGGCUUUGAUCACGGAGAAGAUGUCGGAGAACAACAUCAACCUCAUCUUCGCCGUCACAAAUUCGGUGGUGACUCUGUACCAGAACUACAGUGAGCUGAUUCCUGGCACCACAGUUGGAACUCUGUCCAAUGACUCUGGAAAUGUUAUUCAGCUCAUACUGAAGGCUUACGCCAAAAUUCGUUCCAAAGUGGAGCUGGAGGUUCAAGGCGUCCCCGAGGAGCUCUCCCUGUCCUUCAAUGCCACUUGCUUGAACGGAGAAGUCAUUCCGGGCCUCAAAUCCUGCUCUGGCCUCAAAAUAGGAGACACGGUUUCUUUUAGUGUCGAGGCACGUGCUCACGGCUGCCCCAAACAAAAGAAGAAAACUUUUAUCAUCAAGCCCGUGGGCUUCAAGGACUCCCUCUCAGUCACCGUCACCUUUGAGUGCGACUGCAAGUGUCAGAGCAAAGCGCAGCCAGACAGCCCCAAAUGCACCAACGGCAACGGGACCUUUGAAUGCGGCAUCUGCCUGUGCCACCCGGGCCGCUUGGGGCCUCACUGUGAGUGUGCGGAAGGGGACUACAACCCCACCGACCAGGACCGCUGCAGCGGGCCGGAUGGAGCGGGAGGACUCCGGUCGUCUAUCUGCAGUGGCCGUGGGGACUGUGUGUGUGGCCAGUGUGUGUGCCACAGCAGUGACUUUGGGAAGGUCUGGGGAAAGCUGUGCGAGUGCGACGACUUCAACUGUCUCCGCUAUAAAGGAGAACUGUGCUCAGGCCAUGGAGUUUGUAACUGUGGCUUCUGUCAGUGUGACCCAGACUGGCAGGGAGACAACUGCAACUGCUCCAGACGCACCGACACCUGCAUGUCCAGCCUGGGCCUGCUGUGCAGUGGGAGGGGCCAGUGUGUCUGCGGGGUCUGCGAGUGCACACAGCCAGGGGCUUACGGGGCCACCUGCGACAAGUGCCCCACCUGUCCGGACGCCUGCACCAUGAAGAAGGAAUGCGUGGAGUGCAAGCACUUCAAGAGGGGGAAGCUGUUUGACGACAAUACCUGCAGUCGGAUCUGCAAGGACGAGAUCGUACUUGUGGAUGAAAUCGUUCUUCAUGACACAAACGCUGUGAACUGCACCUACAAAGACGAGGAUGACUGUGUGGAGCGUUUCCAGUACUUUGAGGACGCAAGCGGAAAAUCCAUCCUGUUUGUGGUCAAAGAGCCGGAUUGUCCAAAAGGACCAGACAUUUUAGUGGUGCUGCUGUCGGUGGCUGGAGCCAUCCUGUUCCUCGGUCUGGCUGCUCUGCUCAUCUGGAAGCUGCUGGUUACCAUCCACGACCGGCGGGAGUUUGCCAAAUUUGAGGAGGAGCGAGCCCGAGCCAAAUGGGACACUGGGCACAACCCGCUUUACAAAGGAGCAACUUCAACCUUCACGAACAUCACGUACAGAGGAAAAGACUGAUGCUGCUGAGCAGGGAGGACAAACCCACAGACUUCCAUCAUCCUUUGGGAGAAAGCAACCAAUCAUGUGCAGGCUUCUACUGUCACACAAGAAAUGAUAACUGUUUGUAAAUAUGUAAAAAUGACACAUUUUAUCAGGAAUUAGACGUUCACCCUUAUGGAUUCCAAUGAUUUUGUGAUUUAAUAAGAUCUGUGUUGUUGCUGAAACCACAAUAAAAUGUGUUCCUUUUGAGGACGAAUGACAUUUUGUGUAUUGUUUUUUUGGUUUUCUGUAUUUGAUUUUUACUAUGUGGAGUUUAUCCAAACCUAAAUGUUUUAUUUUUCCUUGUCUACUUCAAUCUUGUUAAAUUUUCCUCCCAGCAAUUUUUAAUUUUGGUUCUAUUUAGGACUUUCCAUCACUGCCUAAAUUCCCUCUCCAUUUUUUUCUUCUUUCCUUUUACCUCAGAAAUUGCUGUAGGACAAAAUUGCCUCUUUGAGACAUGUCUUUUACAGGGAUUUAAUUAAAUUUAAUGGGUUCUGCUGUUUAUUUCAACCCAAUAUAUAUAUAUUUUUAAGAUCCUAAAAAAAUAAUUACAUUAAGAGGCAGAUUUAAGCCCCAUUGACUUCCUGUUUGUAAAAUUACACCACGUAAACUCUGUCUUUUUUUCCAGUUAAGUCACAUCCUGCUAAUACGCAGUCUGGAAACUGUCAGAUACAAUUAAAAAAAAGUUUUUUCAAAACUAUAAAAAACCAAAUGUAAUAUGACUAAAAGAUUUGACCAAAGUUUUAAAUGCUAAAAAUGGUAUUACAAAAUAAAAACACUUUAAAACGCCAAUAUAAUAUGAAGUAUUAAACACCUCUUCAAUUUUUCAACCACACUGACAUCUAGCGGACAAAAGGUGAACUACAGUAAAUAAAAUAAAGACUGAUUUAAUUUUUUGCUUUGUUUAUAAGAAAAAAAAUAGAAAAAAUAAUAUAAACGCAAAAUAAUUG